CGCCGCCGCCGCCCGCCCGUCCCCGCCCCGGCGCUCGCUGGCCAUGUUCGCGGCGGCCGAGGAGGACGACGCCGAUUUCCUGUCCCCGGCCAGCGGAGCCAGAUUAGCCUCUCUCUUUGGCCUGGAUCAAACAGUCUCAAGCCAGGGAAAUGAUUUCUUCCAGUUCACUGCACCAAAGCAGCCCAAGAAGGGUCAGACAGCAGCUGGGCAGCCCCAGAAGGCGCCGGCAGCCUCGGGAGCCCCCUCGGUGCUGGCGGCCACGGCCGUGCUCGCCUAUCGAUAUACAAAUGGGCAAUACUUGAAGCAAGGCAAGUAUGGAGCAGCUGUAGUGGGGAACCACACCACCAGAGAGUACAGGAUCCUCCUUUACAUCAGCCAGCAGCAGCAGAUCACCUCUGCAAGGAUCCACCCAGGCUUUGUGCUCACGGUUCAGCCCAACAAUUACAGCACGUUCUAUGAUGAUCAGAGGCAGAACUGGUCCAUCAUGUUUGAGUCAGAAAAGGCAGCAGUGGAUUUCAGUAAGCAGGUGUGCAUUGCCAAGUGCAACAGCUCUCCAGCCCUGGACUCAGUCCUCUGCCAGGAUCUCCUCCUGGGAGAAGGGCAGGGGGUGGAAGGAGGAGACUCCCUGGAGGUUGCCUAUACAGGAUGGCUGUUCCAGAACAACGGCCUUGGACAGGUGUUUGACUCUAAUGUUAACAAAGACAAGCUGCUGCGGCUGAAGCUGGGCUCUGGAAAGGUCAUCAAGGGCUGGGAAGAAGGAAUGCUGGGCAUGAAGAAAGGAGGGCGAAGGUUCCUCAUCAUUCCUCCAGCCUGGGCCUAUGGGGCUCAGGGCGUGGCUGCUCGAGUGCCCCCAGACUCCACUCUGGUGUUUGAGGUGGAGCUCAGGAGGGUGAAGCUGGCAAAGGAGAGCUCUGGUUCAGAUGGGCUGAGUGUCAGUUCAAGGGAUUCUCCUGCACCUUCUCCAGUUCCCAGCUCAGAUGGCUUCUCCUCAGACUCUGCUUUAGUGCCUCCCUCCACCAUCCCUCCAAAGCCUGGGGAGCCAGCUGUCCGGGCCAAGUCCAACUCCAUCAGUGAGCAGCUUGCAAACCCAGAUGUGGCAAAGGCAAAGCUGAUUUCUCGGAUGGCCAGAAUGGGACAGCCCAUGCUGCCUUUCCUUGCUGGGACAGCAGGGAGCCAGCUGGACUCCAGUGACUCAGAAAUAGAGGAUCCCAAUACUCUGAGAGGGACAACACAACCAGUGGCUUCAACCAGACCCUCCCAGCCAGCCCAGGCAGUGCUGCCCACAGUGUCCACACAAGUACCUCAAGCAUCUGGUGCUGCACCUUCAGUAUCUUCUGCUGCUUUAAUUCCUGCAACGAUCCAGCCCCAUUCAGCUCUGCCUGGAGGAGCACAAGGCUUUCAGGCAUAUCCAGGAGUGGCAUUUGCUUACCCCCAAACUGCUGCAUCUGCCUCUCAACUGCAGCCUGUGGGUCAGAUGUAUCCUGCUCCUUACCAAGCCCCUGGAGAUGUCACUUCCUUUUUGAUGACAGAAGCUCGGCAGCACAACACUGAAAUCCGACUGGCUGUGAGCAAAGUCGUGGAUAAAAUGGAUCACCUGGCUGCCCAGGUGGAGGAGCUGAAGAAGCAAAGCAGUGCUAGCAGCUCCCUGCUGCCUGGCAUCUCCUCUGUCACCAUGGAGGCCUCCAUGAUCAUGAGCAACAUCCAGCGCAUCAUCCAGGAGAAUGAGAGACUGAAGCAGGAGAUCUUUGAGAAGAGCAGUCGGAUUGAGGAGCAGAAUGAGAAGAUCAGUGAGUUGAUUGAACGUAACCAGAGGUAUGUGGAGCAGAGUAACCUGCUGAUGGAGCAGAGGAACCACUCCCUGCAGACCACAAACGAGAGCACACAGGCAAGAGUGUUGCAUGCAGAGCAGGAGAAGCACAUGCUGCCAGUGGAUCGGGGCUGGGACCAGGCCAAAGUUGCAGAGGAGCUGGCAGCUGCCACAGCCCAGGUUUCCCAGCUGCAGCUGGAGCUCACUGCCCACCAGAAGAAGGAGAUGGACCUGAGGAAGCAGCUGUCCUGUGCUGUGCAGGAUGCAGAGAGACAGGAGGCACAGCUCAACAAGCUGCAGGCACAGGUGGCAGAGCUGCAGGAAGCCUCUCAGGACACUCAGAGCAGGUUCAAGGCUGAGAAGCAGAGCCGCAAACAGCUGGAUAUGAAAAUUGCAGCACUGGAGGAAGAGCUGGCAGACCUGAGGGUGGAAAAGGAGACUCUGGAAAGGAAUCUUGCAGAGAGGAAGAAGAAAUCACUGUCAGAGAGAGCCCAGGCAGAGGAGGAGAUGGAGGAGAUUCGCAGGUCGUACCAGCAGGAGCUGGACAAGCUCAGGCAGCUCCUGAAAAAGGCCAGGACCUCGACUGACCAGGCAGCAGCAGAGCAGCUGUCAGUGAUCCAGGCAGAGCUGGAGUCCCAGUGUGAGGCCAAGUGGGAGCGUGCCCUGGCCUCAGCCAAGGAGCAGCACACCCGGCAGUGCCAGGAGCUGUGUGAGCAGAGGGACUCCCUGCAGCACCAGCUGGCCCAGCUGGAAGAGAAGCUCACAGCUCUCAAACACUCGAAAAAAGCAGAGGAGCAAAAAUUGUCUGAGGCUCAGCAACGUUUGGAGGAGCUGGAGCCUAUCCAAGAGAAGUUCUCAGCCCUGCAGGCAGACAUGGGGGCACUGAGGGCUCGCUACGAGGAACGGCUCCGAGAGCUGCACCAGGAUCAGGAUGGAUCCUCCCCUGCAGACUACACUGAGCAAGUAAAGAAGAUCAUGAAUGGUGUGUUUCAGUCUCUUCGGGGUGAAUUUGAGCUGGAUGAGAUGUACAGUGGCAGGACAGUCCUGGGGGUGGUCAUGAACACUAUCAAGACUGUGACACUGCAGCUGCUCAACAGGCAGCAGGAGAAACCAGAGCAUGGCAGUGAAAAUGAGGAAUGUGGCACAGGAGCAGGGAGACAGGAGGGAUCACCUGGAGCAAGGACUGAGCACAGAGAGGCCCUGCAGCACAGCCCAGCCCAGAGCCCUGCAGCCCCAGCUGACCCUGGGGGAGUGACCAGAGGCUCCCUGCAGCCAGGCCAGGCUGCUCCUCACCCUGCUGGGCCCACAGCUCCUGAGGAGACACUCAGCAGUGGGGUGGCAGAGGAGGAGAAGGUUCAGGAGGAGCAUCUGCCUCCCACAGCUGGUUCCAGCCUGGAUGCUGAGAAGGAGCCUGUGCUUGCAGGACAGCCUGUUCCUGGGCUGGAGCAGGGGCUGGACAGUGUUCCCAUCAGGAGGGCUGGCCCAGAACAGGAUCCCUCUGCUGUGCCUUCUGUUCCAGGAGCCAAGCCAGGAGAGGGGGAUGAGGCAGCACCUCCAACUGUGGAGCAGAAGGCAGAGGAGGCUGGGGGAGGUUUAGAACCUCCUCCCUUUAAUGGGGAGGAGGAGAAUGGCACAGACCCAUGGGAUGGAGCUGACUCUGAGCAGGAACCUGCCUCAGUGUCCAGCAGAGCAGAGCCAGGCUCAGCUGUCCUGGGAAAAGCUGCAGGAUCUCAGGAACUGGGCUCCAAUCCCAGGCACACAAAUUCCAGCCUCUUUGAGGAUGACAACUUUGAAACAGCAUCUCCUGAACCACUGGAGCGUCUGGUUGCUGAGGAGGAGGAGGAGGAAGAGGAGGAUAUUGAUAUGGUGGUGAGCAUGAAGGGGCGUCCCCCUCCCCUGCCGCUCUUCGGUGAUGAUGAUGAAGAUGACCUGGCAGCAGGGGGCUCUUCGGCCACUCGUGGGUGUGCAGGUGACCUGGCAGCAGGGGGCUCCUCUGCCACUCGUGGUUGUGCAGGGGACCUGGCAGCAGAGGGCUCUUCCUCCACCAGUGCGUGCUCAGACGUGUCACGCUGAGCUGCCGAACACUCUGGGCUUGGGCUGAGUGCAGGAGCCACCCCCUGUCCCCCUCCCCUGAGCCCUGGAUUCAUUAAUCUCAAACCUUUUGCAAAUAGGAACUUGGUGAAGAGCUUCAGCAGAGCAAGUCUGGCAGGAGCCUGCAGUGGCAACAUCCUGUUCAAAAAUCAGACUAAAAUCUCCUUCCCCAGUGAUGAAGUCUUUGGAUGUUUCUCAGUCCCCAGGUGGCUCUCAGGGACUCUGCACCCUCUCCCCACUGUCUGAGCCAUGUGCCACUGGAGGUUCCCCCAGGAAUCCCAGUCAGGUGUUCCUGUGAGCCCCUGGGGGCUGAGGUGGUUCAGGGGGGCUCUGCCUCAGCUGUGGCACAGGAGCUGUGAUGGUACAAGGAGCUCAGUCCCUGCUGUGUGUCAGACACAGCUCAGCUCCUCCUGAGCCCAGAGCUGAGGAGGCUUUUGCUGGCUGUGUUUCCCUGUGGGAGCAGCCCCCCAGCUCUGGGCUGGGCUGUGUGGUUGGGAAGUCCUUCCCCACAGCCCAGCCCCUCUCCCGUGCCUUUGGCUGUGCUGCUGUUCAGGUGUGACCAUCCCAGCAGCAGUCAGGCUGUACAGAGGGGCUGGGCUGGCCAGGCUGGGGUCUCCCUGCACUCUGAGGGGAAAGGAGUGAGGACAGAGCUGGGCAAACAGCCUGGGGCUCUCACAGCACUUUGAUUCUCCAUUCAUGGGCACUAACACAACUUCAUCCCAGAAGUCUUUACAAUAAACCCCUGCAUAAAAUCAAAGGACUUAAACUAACUCUACUAAUUCUAUGGUUUCAUUUCUACACCUGCCUUUAAAGUCUCUGACUGGAAUCAGAUAUCUGUCCCCCUAAAGAUAUUUCUUGGGAGGAAAACACCCAAAAGAACACUGGCUGUUGCUGUUGGGGUGUGGCAGGUCCCUGUGCCCCAUCCUCAGUACCACAAAUUGCCAAAUGCAGCUGAAACUGGGGCAGAGACCAAAGCCUGUGACAGCCACCCUGCUGCUGUGCAGGGUGACCUGAGCUGGGCCUUCCUGGGCAUCACUCAGUGCUCAAUGUGAGGGUGUUUGGAACUGGAUUUGGGGGUGCUUGUGCUGCUCUGAGUGUCAGUGCCCCUCAUGUGGCCUCUGGACCCAUCCAUGCAGGGUCCCAGGGGUGAUUAUUGCUCAUAAUAACAACUUCCACUUCUCAUUCCCCAUUACAGAUAGACACCCUGAGGGAUUUGCAUUUCACUUCUUGGACAAUAAAGUGCAAUUAAACCUGA